CCCCCCAAAAACACUCACUCGCGCUUUCUCCCUUUCGUAUUGCCUCUCCUUCCCCUUCUCCACCAGCCCGGCCACUCUAUCCAUCCACAUCCGCUCCCUCCCGUGCCUGCCUGCUGGCCUGCUUCUUGCUUGUCCUUCUGUUCUUCCUCACCCCCCCAGCGGUGGCAGCCACAAUCAGCGUCCGGCCCAUUUCCAGUUUCCACCCUCCGUCCUGGUUUCCCAAACCCAAGUCCAGGUCAAAUCAAGUCCACCUUACCUACUCUCGCUUGAUUCUCUCGCUCUUUCUCUCCCCCAGGAACGCCAACUCGUUUGCUCUUACUUGUUUACUCAUUCUCAUACUCAGUCUCAAGUCUCAAUUCCAGUUUUCACCUGACUCCUCCAAACGUUACUACGUCCUCACAAACUCGCUUCAGCCAGGUCAUUCAUCAUUGAAUCUUCACUGUCAACCUGGGCCGUCACUUGUUUUUUUGCGCCUUUGGUGCACGCCAUAUAAUGCCUACGAUUCCAUGAUUGAAUAUGUUUUAGAAGCAUGUGUAAGUUAUAUCACUCUCUGUUCAACCAACCUUUGUCAUAACCUCUUAUUUCUCCCUCCGUCUCGUCUUACACCACAUGGCGAUUGAUUGAUUGAUUCAUUGCUCCUACCCGUUCUCCCCGAAGGGCGUCUGUCCCUUUCCGUUCCGUUCCUGCUCAUCCGCGCCCGCGGGUUCGAGGCCAAGAACCUCGCAUCAUACCCCAGUCUUGGCAUCCCACGAACUGACAUCAAACCGUCCAGCGCUCACCGAGAUACGAAAUGUCGUGUAUGUCUUUACUCCAUCCAUUAUGUCUCUUUACCUGCAAUGUCGUUGUAUCCCCGUGGCCGUUCUUCUCAUCAUCGUCACUGGCGUGACAUAAACGACUACGCCGUCCUCGACUCCCCGCUCGCACCAAACUCAGCGAACCACACGACAUCGCCUGCCACCUUCCGAUCAGACGACCUCACUCGCCAUGCUUGAUUAAAGCUAUGAACAUUGCUGACCAAUUUCAUCAGCCUCCUAUUCAGUAAUCCAGUAUGGAGCGGCGCCAGCACGGUCCCGUCGACAAUCAUCCGAAAUCUCACGGCUCUUUCGUCCGACAUAGCAUAUAAGGAGCGAAUUUCCACCAACAUUACCACACUAACCGCCACGAAUGCCGACUCGUCUAAUGGCCUUAUCACCGGCCUUCUCUACGUCCCCGACCUCGACAACGACCGUGAGUGUGACCAGCAACAAUACCAGUUCAUCCCCCGAAAUGUCACCCGCCGAGAUAAUCUCCCUCCCACCAAUUACAAUCUCAUCGCUCUCGCGCCGUGGUUCAGCAUCGACUGUACCCUAGCCUACCUUGCUUCUGCGCGUCUCGACCCCAUUCGCGCUUUCAUCUUUUACAAACCUAACAACUCGUCAAAUCAACCUCAAGAUGCGGACUCGCCUGUUUGGAAUCUGGAAGAUGGUGGAGCCUGGAUGACCGUCAACAAAUAUCCGAUUUACGCCAUUUCUGGUCAAGAAGGCCAGAAUAUGAUGCGACAACUCAGUUACUAUUCAGGCAGUGUGGACGACAUACCGUAUGGCGAAAAUAUCAGCACACUUUAUGGCCCGAACCCGAAGGAUUAUGUCCGUAUCUGGACCGAACUCAGCGUUCAGGAUGAGUCUGAUAUUCCACCCCUAUGGGCGUUCUUCCUCAUAGUAAUUGGCGCCUUGCUAGCCAUAUUUGCAUUCGUAUCGAUAACCAUGCACCUUGUACAACGAAGACGACGUAUAUCACUUGGAAAAAGAGUUGAGUCUGGCGAAGUCGAUCUCGAAGCCAUGGGAAUUAAGCGCCUCACAGUACCUGCUACCCAUAUCACCAGCUUUCCUCUAUUUACUUACAACGCGGACCCGGAUUCGACAGCGCCUCCUCCUACCCCAUCAUCUACACGACGCAUGCGAAGUAGCCGAGGAUUCGACCAGCGGAGCAUACGAUCCGGUGCCAGUGUCCGGAGCAAAAGAUCGAAUAUCGGAGCCUCGGGCGACAACGCUGCUACUAAUUUUCAGCCUAGCUGUCACAUCUGCCUCACCAAUUUCGAACACCGAGUCACCAUCAUUCGAGAGCUUCCUUGCGGUCACAUAUUCCAUCCUGAAUGUAUCGACGAGUUUCUGUCGAAGAACAGUUCUCUCUGUCCUAUGUGCAAACAUUCAAUGUUGCCCAGAGGUUACAGUCCAAGGAUCACUAACGGAAUGGUGCGUCGAGAACGUGCUCUGAGGAAAUUACGUCAGAGAGUUGAUCUCGAGGAUCUAUCUGAGGAAGGUGAUAAUACGAAGAUGAAGGACUGGAGUAAACGACUUUUCCGAACUUCACCAUCACCUUCACGGCCUUCCUCGUCGCCACUUGUGAACUUGAAACUACCCAACUUCAGACGACAGCCUGCUACAAAUACAGCGGCGAAUGAGGAGCAACGAGUAGAAACGCCAUCAGCAUCAUCCACCCCCGCACAAUCCCAAGAACCAGGACCAGAACCAGAAGCAAACACUCGCCCACCAGCUCCAGCCCAGAUUCCAAAGACAAGGAGGCCUAGACCUCGACUUUUGAAUAUGCUCCCAACACAGCCAGAGAAUUCCGAGUUGAACACAGAUCCAACGCCAAGACGUGGAAGCCCUUCUUCGUUUGCUCGACAACGCAUGCGUGAAAUUGCAGCCAAGAACGCGCCUUUCGACGAUCCGGACUCUCAGAGGGCGAUAUGGCUACGAGCACUCUCAAAAGUUUUCCCGGGGUAUUUCUAAUUCUGCUUUGAUAAAUAUCAUGGUCAGAACACAUCUCUUGCAUUUGAUGGGGCAGCAUAGGUCAGGCGUUUAUGUCAUGGGCAGGGUUUUGGGAUCUAGGCCGAUCUGCUAAGGCCAUUGAUUAUACGACUUUUUUCGGGUACAAUGGUGCAUUGGAAAGGCAUUUAAUGAGGCGUUGGUUGGAUUUACGAGAAUUGUAUAUACAGGGGCUCGUUGAGAAGAUAGGAGGUGCAGAGCAGUGGGCUAGCAAUGGCAUCCCAUCUACUAAUUAUGUGUUGUCCAGAAUAUGCAUCAAAAAAGCAUAUACCCAAACAAUAUACAGUCAUGAUAUGAAGCAACAUGAGUAGCACUAUGAAUUGGCCAAGGU